UGACGUAGCGUAAAGAUAGGCCAAGAUUAUGUACUUUAGGAAAAAUUGAAAACAGCUCCGCACUGUAGCGCCAUUGUCGUCGAAAACUUGACUACGCAUUCUGCACGCACGACUCACCCGGGACAGUAGCUGCCCACUUUGAGUGGGCCCAGAUUCCGAAGCACUUUUACGCAGCCCUCUGUGCGGGUGCGUACGCCUUUUUCAAAAUAGCUUUCAUUCUGAGUUGUCUCCUCUGCCGGCUAUGGCACCGCCGUGCAGCUACAAAUGUGGGGGCUUCCGUGAGCGACUGUGGGCCAACAUCUUCCGAAGUCCAGAGCAGAACUACCAACGCAGCUUCGUUGAACUUCAGUCGCCUCCUCCAUGAAACGGACGCCGGGGUGUUUGAAUCUGCCGAAAGCGUGCUUCAGGUCUUGCGACUCGCCGACGAGCGGUUUCGUGGUAACGACGUUAUUCCUCCUCUUACAACUCCGUGCAGCGGCGAUGGCGGGGAUUCUCGGUGUUGGGCGCUCAACUACCAGAGACGGUGGAACCAACUACUGAACCGUCGUGGCAUCGAGUUGAUCGAGCUUCCCGAGAACGCGUUCUUCUGCCUAACUUUUGGAAACACUCCCGAAGUGCUUCAAACACCCGAAGACAUCCAGACACUCACCGUAUGCUUAUGGUUGUUUCGCGAGCACCAGUGCGUUCGAGGCGUGAACAUGGCCGCGUACGUGGUGGCGCCACAUAACUCUGCACUGUUCUGGAGGCUUUUUCAGCUGAGCAAGCAUGUCACAGCAGUCGAGCUGCGAGACGUCCAGAAUAAUGUGGACAGCCUCUCUAUUCGCAGAUUGUUCCGUGGCAGAGCAGAGCAACUAACGGAGCUCGUCCUCGCUGACUUCUUUUUGUACGAGAAGGAUGCACGGGAUCUGGCAGCACUGUUGAGCUGCAACAAGAGUCUCAGCAGACUAGCCCUCAUCAAUCUGAACAUCAAGGAACAUUCAUUGGACUCCAUUGUUGCCAAAAUAAAAGAUCACGGUACACUCAAAGAAGUGGAAUUGACAGAAAGUCGAAAACCAAUCGCAAGCCACACCAUUGCCUACUUGCUUCAAUCACGCGUCCUGAAACUGCGAUUGAAUGUAGACUGCGCCUGGGAAGCAGUUUCUACCAUUCUGGCCAAAAAUGUAACACUCGCUCAACUCACCAUUAUCUCGCGCAGCACGUUCCACUCUGCGCUGGGGCCGCUGGCGCGUGCAGUGGCCACAAGAGAAACUCUUCAGAACCUUGUGCUUGUCCUGGAUCCGUCAUGGGCGGAAGCCAAUGAAAGUCACUUCGACUGGGAAGACCUAAUAGCCAUUGUCACGCAAUGUCGCGCGCUUCGAAAGCUUAGAAUAAGCGUGCCUUCUUUGGGAGACGCGGCUGCGAGAGCAAUAUCGGAAGCAAUCGGCAUUAAUCGGUCACUGCACGAACUCCACUUCGAUGGUUGUGUGAUUCCUUGCUACAGCGCAGUGGUGUUGCUGGAGGGCUUAUUACGCAACUGGACGCUACGGUUGCUGAGCCUUAUGAAUACCGAAGGCGAUGAUGCGGAGCAUCAGCACUUACUUCGUUUCAUGCUGAAGAACUCUUUGUGCCACAGAGUUUCUGUUCGGUACGAAGGCUGUCAAGCUAAGUUGUUGGAUGAAGCUAUGAGAAACAGCGAAAUUCAAUUCCCCAAUUUCAAUUUCUUUUGCAAGUACGCACCAGAUGCGAACAUUGUGUUUGAGGCCCUUCCGUGCGUCAAGGAUUCUUUGACAACCCUCUCCAUCGAUAGCAACGAAGAUUUGUUUGACGCGGGCGCCGAGUCUCUAGCCCGGCUCUUCAGUGACAGCGAGAUUCUAAAAAACGUCGUGCUUGAUUUUCCCGCAACUCCCGACACUUGUGUGAUUUUGCUCCAGGGUCUCGCACAGUCUCGCUCCAUCACGUCCGUCAGCCUGAUCGGCUGGAAAAUCGGUGUGGCAGAUGACACCGUGCCGCUCGCUUUCCAAGACUUGCUGCGCGUGAACUCGAGUAUCAUGGAAAUUACUCUUGCGCAAGGUGGUACGGGCGAGAUCGACAUUCUCCUCAAGCACCUCGCUAUUGGCUUGAGGGAAAACCGCAGCCUGUCUGAACUUGGCAUUUUGGGUGCCCCUGACUUUGGCGUGGUGCGGGACCCAGCCAUCAUGCAGUUGCUCCGAGUAAAUCGAAUGGCGGCGUCGCUUGCGGCGAGGUUGCUUUCAGGGGCUAGGCUUAGCACAUGGGCUGUACAUUCACUGGAACGAGUAAUAUCGUGUGAUUCAAUGAUCUCAAUUUUACAGUCUCAUUUGGCAAUAGGCAGCGAUGUCAUCAAUGAGAAACUCUCUGAAGUGCUGGUUAGGAUAAGAAGCGAGAACUUCAAGUUGGAGAAUCCAGAUAAGCAAUGCAGAUGCGUUUCUCCAGCGCAUCAUGACAAUAAAAUUGAACUGAGAAAUGCUCUUCUUUGUGAGAUUGGGAAAUAUUUAAGCCUUUCUGACGCUUCCUCGAAACAGUAAUUGUUGAAAAAGGGCUGCAUUUUCUGUCUUACGUCAAUAACCUUUUCUUUCAACGUUUCCCCAUUAUUCAUAUCCAUCGCCCAACAAAGCUUGUUGUUCUCGUUUCCUCUGGUAUAAACUGAACUUUUACACAUCGCAAAUGCCCAAUGGUUCAUUGGUUGGAUUUCUAUUAUUCACUGUCUUACUGUAUGAACUUGAACGUGUAGUCUGUGGUGCUGUUAUGCCAAAAAAAUCUUUCGAAGUGCGAUGAAACUUCAUCUGUGCGCUGCUAAAUCUUCAUUUGUGACACACUUUAUGGCGUUUUAUGUAGAGUUUUAGCCCAUAAACGACGUUUUGACUCACCACAUUUCUUCACUAGGUUGGCGACGUCAUGCUAACGAAACCUGAAAUCUGAUCAUUAUAACUGGUUAUCAUCAAAGGUAGAAACAUACUAGAAGUCUUAUGCACUAGCGCGGGCUUUCCUUACUUUCUCCGCUGUGCUGGUUAUAGGUGGAGGUGUCUUACAGGUGUACAGUUACUACAAAAGUUCAUGGUACGUGCACUGAAAAACACUCCGAUGUAGGAAAACCACAUGAUAGUCAUCGUAAUUAUAAUAUGAAGAUCGCCUUAGGUAGAGUUUAUCAUCACAGGUAGUGUAAGAUAUGCAUAGUUGUACAGCGUUAACAAGUGAAAUGUAUCAAGUGAUACUCGACAGGUGGCUGUGCUGUUCAUUUGAAGUUUGUGUAAUCAAAUGUCCGGUCACUAUGCUCCCGAAGAUUGUGAGAGCAUGCAUCAGCGCAUACGUAGGUUCGUUGAACUUCCUUUACCCCUUCUGUACUGCAUGUGUGCACGCGUCUUCUGUUUAAUAAAUUGAAAAACGGCGCUUGUCUA